UUUCUCCGUCAUUUCCUUUUUCGCGUUCUUUGUUCAAGCUGGACCGUCGCGACGGAACCCGAAGCCCGAACCAGUCCAGUUACCCCAGCCGCCUCAGGUCAUACUUCCAGCCCGAAAUUAAGCCUGUGCCGCGUACCUGCGUGAUCAAAUAACAUGGACGCGACUGCCAAAGACAACCGCAACAGCGGCAACAACAAAGGAAAGAAAGCCAACGGCGGUCCCAAAAUGGAGAACGAGAGCAAGUACCUCCCGGAGCUGCUGGCGGAGAAGGACAGCCUGGACGCGUCCUUCACCCACGCCAUGAAGCUGCUCACCGCAGAGAUCGAAAGGAUUCAGAAGGGAGAGUCUAAAAAAGAGGGUGAGACCUACCUGGACCUGUUCACCACCAAGAACGUGCGGGUGAAGGAGCGCGUGCUUAUUCCUGUUAAACAGUACCCUCGGUUUAACUUUGUGGGGAAGAUUCUCGGUCCCCAGGGCAGCACAAUAAAGCGUCUGCAGGAGGACACAGGUGCCAAGAUAUCUGUGCUGGGCAAGGGGUCCAUGAGGGACAAGAACAAGGAGGAGGAGCUAAGGAAGGGAGGGGAGCCUAAAUAUGCCCAUCUAGCCAUGGAGCUGCACGUCUAUAUUGAGGUGUUUGCUCCUAUACCUGACUGCUAUCUGCGAAUGGCUCACGCCAUGGAGGAGGUCAAGAAGUUCCUUGUGCCGGUGGACAAUGUGGAGGAGAUGCACCAGGAGCAGUUCAUGGACGCCGGCUACCUGAACGGCUCCCAGGAUGUGUCUGGCCGUGGCAGAGGGGUCCCUGUUAGGGGCCGUGGAGCCAUGCCUCCCCCCAUGGCUGGUGCCAGAGGUCGUGGUAUGCCCCCACGAGGCUCCGCCCCACGAGGCUCCCCCCUCCGCGGUGGUCCUGGCCGCGGUGCCGUGGCGAGAGGCGCCCCCGUGGGCCGCGGAGGUCCGAUCCCCACCGCCUCCAGUCGGGGGGGUGCGGCCACGAGAGCCAGACUGCCUGCCGCCCCCCAGAGGAUGCCACCGACCCCCACCCCGCCCCACCAACACCAACACCAGCAGCACCACCAGCACGCACAGGCGGCCGAGACGUACGAGGAAUACGCUUAUGAGGAGACGUACACUGAGCCUACGUAUGAAGGGUACGACAGCUACUACAGCCAGUCCACUCCACAGGGAGAUACAGAGUACUAUGAUUAUGGGCACGGUGAGGCUCAGCAGACAUAUGAGUCUUAUGCUGAGGAUGACUGGGAUGGUGCUAACUGGGGAAGCGGUGCGGGAAAGGCCCCCUCUGUCCGCCAGACCAAAGGGAACUAUCGGGAGCAUCCAUACGGAAGAUACUGAGACGUGUCAAUCACUUGGGUUGCCUGGGCAACCGCCUCCCAUUGUAACUCCUUUUAACAACUCAAAAGUAAUUUUUUUAUUUUAUUUUUUUUAUUUUUCAUUUAGGUUUUUUUUUUUUUUUUUUUUUUUUUUUUUUUUGAGUAAUUUUGUUUUAUAUUUGCCAUUGACUGCUUUUUAAUGUUUAAAGACAUUUGUUAUUAGAAGGCUCACACUUUUGUAGUUCCGGGGAGGGAUUCGCUCACCUUGGCAUUUCACUGAUUCGUUUCGGUUUGUUCCUCUUUGCCUUGUUGUCUUGCACACUGUUUCCUCUGGCUAAUCAUUUUCAGUUAGAAUACAGAUGCCUGAAUCCUACAUCUGCUUUGCAGUUCUUACAAAUGCAUAAUACAUAAUGCAUGACAGGCGUAUACAAUUUAAAAGGCGCUUUUCUCUGUCAAAAUGCAAAAACUUAAAUGGCCUUUACUCAACCGCCAAACAAAUGGGGGGGAAGAGUCUUUAAACUUUUAGACAGUUGUACAAGUCAAUGCUGUAAACACACCAACGUCAAACGUGCUGUAAAGAGAAUGGCAGUAUUUAGCGAUUUAACAGGUGUGGAGUUUGAUCUCAAGAAAACCUGAGCUCAGAAACAAACCUUCUACCCAGGCAUAACAUAUGCAGGCACAGUAUUUUGGUUUGUCUUGUGUUAAGGAAAAGCAGCUGAAGGCUAUAACUGAUAAAGGGUUUAAGUUAAAUUGGCCAGCCUAAAAUUGUAUAUACGUCACCUAUACUGAAGAAAUCUCCACUUUUGUUUAUAACUUUGCGUUUCACAAAAUAGAAGCAUACCUGUGUUCGUUGGCUAAAUAGGGAACUAAAUAUGUUUUUCUGUAGUAUGUCAAUAAAGCGUAGUGUUCUUUUUCAGCUAACACAACCUGGUAUUUUGCUUUUCUUAUAGCAGUCAAUACAUAACUGACAAACUGCAAAACUGUUUUAGCAAAAAAAAAAAAAAUCUUGCAUGCAGUUACAAUAAUGUACUUUAACAAAAAUGAGUUCCAUGCAAUAUUGUUUCAUGCAAAAUAUUGUGUAUAAACCGUUGCUAAUUAGAAUUCUGUGGCAAUAGCUACAAUUAAAUGUCUGUAAAAUUGA